AUGGAAGAGCCAUUUCUUCUGAGGGACGAGGAGUUAGUCCCCGGUACAAAGACAUGGCAAAGAAUUCAGCUCACCGUCGAGUUGAAGAAAGUGAGCCGCUUGGCCGCUCCUAUGGCCACCGUCACCAUAGCUCAGUACCUUUUACCUGUCAUCUCAGUCAUGGUAGCCGGCCACAACAGCGAGCUCCAGCUCUCCGGAGUCGCUCUUGCCACCUCCUUCACUAACGUCUCCGGUUUCAGCAUUAUGUAUGGGUUAGUUGGUGCACUGGAAACUCUCUGUGGCCAAGCAUAUGGAGCCAAACAAUACAGAAAAAUCGGAACUUAUACAUACUCUGCAAUUGCCUCCAACAUCCCAAUUUGUCUUCUUAUAUCAAUUCUCUGGAUUUACAUCGAAAAGCUCUUCGUAUCUCUCGGACAAGACCCUGACAUCUCUAGAGUCGCAGGGUCCUAUGCGUUUUGGCUCAUACCGGCAUUGUUCGGCCAAGCGGUUGCCAUACCACUGACCCGGUUUCUGCAGACCCAAGGGUUGGUUCUUCCUCUGCUCUACACUGCCGUGACCACCCUUUUGUUCCACAUACCGGUUUGUUGGACUUUGGUUUCCGUGGUUGGUCUUGGGAGCAAUGGAGCUGCUUUGGCUAUUAGUUUGUCUUUCUGGUUUUAUGCUCUGAUACUAGCUUGCUAUGUGAGAUUCUCCAGAUCUUGCGAGAAGACUCGCGGCUUCAUAUCUGAUGAUUUUUUGUCUAGUGUGAAGCAAUUCUUCCAUUAUGGAGUCCCAUCAGCAGCAAUGACUUGCCUAGAAUGGUGGCUAUUUGAGCUACUCAUACUCUCUUCAGGACUUCUCCCCAACCCGAAACUCGAGACCUCUGUUCUUUCGAUAUGUCUUACAACAAACACUUUGCACUAUGUGAUUCCAGCUGGAGUCGCGGCAGCUGUGAGCACACGCGUGUCAAACAAUUUGGGAGCUGGGAAUCCUCAAGUUGCUACGGUAUCAAUAAUGGCAGGGCUUUUUCUCUGGCUCAUAGAGUCAGCUUUCUUCAGCAUACUUCUCUUCACCUGCAGGCACAUCAUAGGCUACGCAUACAGCAACAGGAAAGAAGUGGUUGAUUAUGUCGCAGACCUAUAUCCUUUACUCUGUCUCUCCUUCGUCCUCGACGGAUUUACCGCAGUUCUUAAUGGUGUUGCUAGAGGAAGUGGAUGGCAACACAUUGGAGCUUGGAACAACGUGGUGUCUUAUUAUCUUGUAGGAGCUCCCGUUGGAGUUUACUUAGCUUUCAGUCGUGAGUUCAACGGAAAAGGAUUGUGGUGUGGAGUUGUGGUUGGAUCCGCCGUGCAAGCCAUUAUACUAUCUAUCGUCACUGCUUCCAUGAAUUGGAAUGAACAGGCUGAGAAGGCGAGGAAGAGAAUGGUCUCAACUGAAAAUGGAUUGGCAUAAACAAAAGGCUCUUCUUCAAUUUUGGUAUUACAAAUGUGAUUGUUUUUUAUUAUUAACAAGUGAAUAAG